GGUAGGGGGAAAAUUGAUAUUUUUCUCCUAUAUUAUCGCUACUGAUUUAAUGAGUUAAAAAAAUUAUUAUUUAAUUAAUUAUAUAGUUUAAAAAUAUAAAUCUUGAAUAAAUAAAUAUUAGGUAGAUUGAAGUAAUUAUUUGCGUAUCAUUCAGGCUGAAAGAAAACAAUUUUAUAAUUUAAUCGUUUAUUGAAAUUAGGGCCCAGGGCUGAAUAAUUAAGGGCGAUUGACGCGCUCUAUGGGUGGUCAACAGGUGGUUGUUAGAAAAACUAAUCAGAUAGAUACGGAGACUCAUCGCGGGCAGACGGGUUGUUGUCGUGAUUUAUUUUUUUGCUAUUGAGUAUUGUCUUACGUUUUAAUUACGUUCAUAAAUAACGAGUAAUUGUCAAAUAACAAUUUAUUAAAUUCCACCGUGUGAUUGUUGGAUUAUUCAUUUUGGUUCGAUCAUCAAGUUGUCGAGAUAACAUCUCCGACUACAAAUUGAUUUAUUAACUCUAUCAACUGACAAUGGCGGGCUAUUGUCUCCAAUCAUUAAUAAGUUCUACAACACAAAUUCCAUUACUGGAAUACAAAACACAUACAUGUGGAAACCAUAAAUCUAAUGACAUCAUGUUAGCUCAUGAGUCGGUGUCACCUCAGCAUUGCAUUUUUAUGGUGUCACCAGAGAGCUUGCAAGUAGCCGAUCUUGGAAGCACCUAUGGGACUUUUAUAAAUGGUACAAAAAUCAAGCCCAAAACACUGAUGAAUGCCGUUAAAAAUGAUGUUAUUGGAAUAUCGAGUUGUGUUUAUCGUGUUCAAGUACAUAGUUUAAAAAAAGAGGAACCUGGCCAAAAAAGAACAUCCGAUAGUAGCUUAUAUCCAGGAGAGGCGAAAAAACCUAGAACUGAUGAUAACAACAACGGCCCAUUAGUAAUUGAUCUAACAAAUGAUGAUAUCGAUAUGAGUCUGCCUCAAGAAAAGCCUAACCAGAUUGAUAAAAAUUUAAUGAAAUCUAAUGUUACUAAUGAAGGAAAGUUGAGAACUACGAAGGAUAUACAUGAUGAGAAAAUACUAAAAAUUGCUGAAGAUGUAAAGAAAGGUUACGAUAUUGAAAGUUUGAAGAAACAUAAAAAAAUUCUUGGUGAGAAAGAUAAAAAUUUCAAAGAAAAUGAUAAACCGAAAUCGUCAAACCAACAAAAUACUUUAGAUAAGGGAAAUAUCAUAAAACCUACUGCAUCUACUUCAUCUAAACCUGAUCCUAAUCAUAAGCAGUCUUCACAUUCGUCUAACAUAGUUUCAAAUAAAAGUACUGAAUCCCAAAGCAAAGAUAAAAACAUAAAAAUUGGACAUGGAUCGAACCCAGCCACUAAGUUACCUGUUCACACAAAAAUAACUUCAAACGAAUGCCGCAAAAAUGGCCCGGAAGAUCUAAGGAAUAAAAUCAUUAAGAAUAAAGAUAGAGAGAGAGAGCAAGAGGCGAGAAAAUCAAUUUUAAAUAAUAAUAGACGUACUAGCCAUGAAUCUACUUCAACUAAAAGUAAAACCUCAGAAUCUUCUGCAUCUACUUCAUCUAAAUCUAUAACUAAGGAUAGUCAGUCUUCGGGCUCGUCUCAAAUAAUUUCAAACAAAAAUCUUGAACACCAAAGCAAAGAUAAAAACAUAUCAAAUGGAGAUGGAUCAAUUACUUUACCUAUUACUAAACGAGUUACUUUUAAUGAACGCAAAAGUGUUCACGAAUACGAGACGAACAAAAUGACGGCCGAAGAUAAGGAUAGAGAAAGAGAACCAAAAAUAGAUAGAUCAGUGUCAAAUCGCGAUCGGCAUAUUAGCCGAGAAUCGAGUUCACAUAAAUCGAUUCAUUCAGAGAAUAAAAAGGAAGAAAGUAAACAUCCAUCUGUCGAGAAGCAGACCAAAAGACAAUCUAUGUCAACUGGUCCAGAUCUGUCAACAACAGUCGAUGCAUCAUCAGACAACAGAAGGAUGGAAAAAAAUUCGUCGAGAAAAUCUAACACUGAUAAUUCUCGCAGCCAUUCAACAUACGAGAAAAGGUCUUCGACACCUAAUAGACCAGAUAAAUACAAUCAUGGAGGUGAUCUCCGAAAUGUCACCAGCAAUAGGAAGCAUAGCGACAGUGCUAACAUCAGUAUUGCUGCUACUGCUCAUGCUGAAGUUGCCCGUAGAAAUGAUAAACUGCAUUCGGUUUCAUUUCUGAAGAACCAAAAGGAUAAUUCAGUUGAUACAAGAAACAAUAAACCUAUUAAGGCGGAAAAAAAGAUUAAACUUAAAAACGAACUAGAUGCGCAUUACUACCAAGUAUCAAAAUUAACUGAAAAAUCUAAAGAGGGCUCAAAGACUAAAUCUAUUACAAAAGAUGCAUUACAACCAUCGAAAUCUCUUAGUCCAAAUUUAAUUGUUCCCAAAAAAAAUAAUUCAAAAUCAAGUUCCAAAGAUCAACCGCUAGAUUUUUUCCUGUUUAUUCUUAAUUGGGAUCCAGAUUGGUUAUAUAAAAAGACCAAUAAAGAAUCAUCAGAAUGUCCGAUUAUAAAAAACACAUUAGUUCCUCAUUUACUGACCUAUGAAGUGUACGCUGACUAUUAUAGCAUUAUGUCAACAUUUAUUUCACUGGAAAUGUGGUCAUUUUUUACAAAAGACCGUAGUAAUUGGAGAAGUAAACCUCCUCUAUAUGCAGCUAUUAAUAAGUAUUCAGCGCAUAAUAAUAAUACACUAACGGAACUUUCAAUCGAUAUACUCUGUGACAAGAAACAGAUAGAUCAAAUGGUUUAUCCGAAACCCGGUGAUCUCAUGGAGCUUGGUAAUGAAGGAAAUGAUUGCAAACGUAUGUUAGCUUACAUAAGAGACAUAAAAAUUGCUAAUUUAACACGAAAGACUACUUAUAACAGUUGUUUAAAAAAUACUGUAUCCACACCGUGUGCUCUGAUAACCUAUACAAUGAUUACCAAAUUUUUGUCAUCAAAUAUUGCGUUUAAGCAGAAACAGGAGCUACGAAUCGUAUAUAAUGUCAAACCAUUUGUACAAAUGAUUAAAGCUAUACUACGUUUACAGUCAUCACCACUAUUACCUAUUAUCAAACCUAAGCUUGAUCAUGACCUUUUUUCACUGCCAGAGAUACCUCUCAAAGACUAUGAAUUCGCUAGUGGUGAUAAAUUGGAUGAGAAACAAAAGCAAACUAUUUUACGCAUCACGAACCAAAUCAUCCAAAAGAAACCGAUCCCUAAAAUAUGUUUAAUUGACGGGCCACCUGGUUGUGGAAAAUCCCAGAUCAUCGUAAAUAUUGCUACUGAAGUAAAAUACGGUAAUAAAAUAGACGGGAAGGAAUCGGGGAAACGUAUACUCAUUUGUGCUUCGUCCGAUGCGGCUGUCGAUGAAAUCACAAUGAGACUAAAGGUCAUACAAGAUAAAUUUAAGAAUGAAAAAUCUUGUAAGCCAUUCAAAAUUGUAAGAGUUGGAUCUCUUGAAUCAAUGCGCCCGGAAGUUAGGGAUGUUUCCUUAAGUGAAUUGUCGGAAAAUUCAAUGAGUAUGUCUACUGAUAAAGGACUAAGUCAGGCGAGUAUUGAGAACGAAAUAACUGAACUUAGCAGCAAAAAGAUAAAAUUUGAAGAAUUAAUACACGCACCGAAUAAAAAAUCAGAAAAUGAAUGUAAAAUGCUUCAAGAAAAACAUGAUAGCUGUAUUUCUCGGCUUGAGUAUCUGAAGCAAUAUAAAUCGAAGCCACGUGACAAACCUGAUAAACAAACUGAGCAAAUUAAUAUUUUAACCCCCGCAGAUGUUGUUAUUUGCACAUUGUCAUCAUGUUUUUCACCUGAGAUGAAAUUGGUGUUUGAUGGAAGCGACAAAAAACAAUUUAGCGUAUGUAUAAUUGAUGACGCAACUUUGAGUAGCGAACCAGAGUCACUGCUUCCACUGACGCUUGGUGUAAAGCAGUUGAUACUCGUAGGGGAUUCAAAACAACUUCCGGUUUCAAUUCGGUCUGAUACAGCUAAAGAAAAUAAUUAUCACAAAUCAUUGUUUUCACGUAUUCAUGAGCUCUUUGAUUUGGAAGAUAAUAACCCAGUGAUUACACUAGAUAAGCAGUACCGGACAGCAAGUGAAAUUAUUUUUUGGCCUAAAUCAUAUUUUUACAGUGGACCUUUAGAUACUCUAGCACCUGUACCGUUCAAAUGGCCUUUUUAUAGAUACAGAGUAUUUGAUCACCAAGCUGUGGAAGAUAAUAAUUUAAUUUCUAACUCUGGAGAAGCGAGUUUCGUUGUAAAUCUCAUUUAUACCAUAGGCUGUUUUGGUUUAAAAAAGCUGGAUAAUAAAAUACGUAUUGGCGUAAUAACACCCCAUGAAGAUCAACGUAAAUUAAUUGAAGAUAUAUUGGAAGAAAGACUUACAGAAAUACCUGAUGAGGACAAAAACAAACUCGUGAUAAAAGUUAACACGAUUGAUAGCUUCCAAGGAGAGGAACAUGAAAUAAUAAUUAUGUCAUGCGUAAAAAGUAAAUCAUUGGAAACUCUAAUUGAUCCGCAACGACUGUGCCAAAGUUUGACACGAGCAAAGUAUACAUUCUUUCUUUGUGGAAAUUUUGAAUUCUUUGAAGACAAUGCAACUUGGAAAAGCUUAAUUGAAGAUGCACGUAAUCGCAGUGAUUGCUAUAAAUGCGUUAAUUAUAAAAUGAAAAAAGAAGACAUGAAAUACUAUAGGCUCGUAAUGAAACCGCCGAAAAAUUAAAAACGAAGAAAAUGAAUACAAAUAUAUGUAUUUUUAUAUUAUUCAAAUUAUUGAACUAAAACUGUUUAAGUUUGAUAACUAUAAAAUAUUUAAAAAAAUAUUCAUCAUCAAUUUAAAAAAUAUACAUAAAAUAAAAUAAAAGUAAAAGUAAAAUAUUAUAAAAAUGAUGUAGUUUUAUAAUACGUCAAAGUAAUUUAUCAAUAAUGAAUUUAUAUUAAUAUUAAAUAAUUUAAUCAUGUUUAUAUUAUUUUUAUAAAAUUUAUAAAUUUUAUAGUUUUUGUAAUAGAAGUAUUUUAUAAAUGUAAGACACAUGUAAACCAAAAAUAAAU